AUCUAAUUUAUAUACUAAAGGUUUAUCAUUUUAUGUUGGCUGCACUUGUAUUUCGAAUCGUUUGUUUGGAACAGCGUUUGCUGCACGAUGCAUGGUCAGUUUCUGUCAGCUUCUCACUUUCCAGCUUUCCAGUGGGAUAGAAGUACGUGCGUUACCCAAAAACUCGUCAUUAAAAAGUGACAGAUAAAAAAGUCAAUAGCCGAGAAAUGAGCGAUUGAACGCUUGCUGAAAGAUUCAGAUAGUUGUCGAAUAAUAUUUAUACAUAACAUUGUUAAUUGAAGUGCACGUGUAAAAAGUUAACAAACGUAAAUAGUGAACGAAUGUGUACAAAUUACGAUUAUUAAUUUCAAUUUGAAGUAUGUAUCAAGUUCGCAGCGGUGAAGAUGCAUUCGAGCCAAGAAUUUUACCAAAACCUUCAUCCAGAAUCGAUGAUUUUAUAGUACCAUCAGUUCCUGAUGUUUCUUUAAUAUUUGAUAAACCCUUACAUUCUAAGACUCCACAACAUGUAGGUAUCAAUUCACCUCUUGUGGAGUCUAGAAGUUCAACGCAUAAAAGUAAUAGUCCUUUAAACGUUAAUGGAUCGUAUGCAGCAUGGAGGGAACAAAAUUACGCAAGAAAACCUUCAUCUCCUACAGUUAAUAAUUCUACAAGUCCUCAAGUACAAUUUAAUCAAGAUUAUGUUUCACUGAAUCACUCAAGAGAAGACAAUACUAUGCAUACCUCGAAACAAUCCAAAGGAAAAAAUUGUACUAUGAGAAGAGAUAGUUAUAAUGAUUCACAACGUGAGCAAGAAGUAAGUAGGAGAAAUGCUGAUCUAUCUAACAAAUAUAAUCCAGAAGAUAAUACAACACGGAUAGAAAGUAAUCAAAGUGCAAGAGCUCAGUGCAGCGAUAAAAUGAGACGUGAUUUUUAUCUACCUACCAUGUCACAUGUUCCUAAACAAUGUAUGAACACUGGCAACUAUAUUGUUAAUGAAAAUGAAUACUCUCCUUUGUUAUAUGAAAGAACAUUAGCUACUCAAGAUUCUAAUCAACAGAAAGUAUCGUACAAUAAUUCGAUCAAUGAUCCAAGCAUACAAACUCUACCUAUGAAUCCGAACAGUUUUCAAAGAAAUGAAAUUCAAUUACCGCACUAUCUGGGACAGCAGUAUCCCUCUUUUAAUAUGAACCGCUAUCCAUUCCCUCAACUUCAUCCUUAUGCUGUGUCUAAUACAGAUAAUCAAGAAACAGUAAAGAACUUAUUACAGAUUAUAAACAGCCAGAACGAGCAAAUUAAAUCUUUACAGACACAGGUUGAUAGAUUGUUGAAAAUGCAGGAGGAAAAUAUGAGAGAAAGGAAAAGUUGUUCUUGUUCCUCUCAAUCGCGGUACAGUACUCAGUUACAUACGAACGUAAAACCUAGUGACAUUGUAGAUGUUCCUAAUUGCGUUAAUUUAUCGGAAACUGUAAAAAACGAUGCGUAUCAAAGAGAAUUACCCAUCGACAGAAGAAAAGAAAAUUUUAUUGAAAAUGAAAGUACAAACCAAAAUGAACUGAUAUUAACGGACGUGCAAUCGAAAAAAGCAUUUGUAGAGCAAAAGGUUUCUAUCGGGGUAAUGACAAGCUUUGAAUUUACUGUGCAAAACAAUCCUUAUGCGAUAGAUGUUGAAGAUUAUAAAGAAAACGAUGAUAAACAAGAUACUGCGAAAGCGUGUCACAAUAUUCGCGAUACGAACGAGUCUUUAAGAAGGUAUAAAAAUUCGUUUACUCGUAUGUCCAGCGCUCAAUUGGAAAAUAUAGUCGAAGAUUCGGAGAGUUACAUGUCGUCUAGUCAACAGCAAAGUAGCAAUCUGAAUGCCAGUACAUCGGUGAAAGAUUUGGAAAGACCGGCUUACGUCGAUAACAGAAGGGAUUUGGAUAAUCGUAAAUCGGAAUCUCCCAAAUUAGGUAAAGGGGCAACGAAAUUAAAUGAAACUGAAAGUAACAUGAGGAAGCAUCUAGGGAAAGAAGAGGAGAUCGAGAGGAGAAGAAGUGUUGAAACUACAAAGACACCAAUGAUGCAAAGAAAUUCUGAAUAUGUUUCUGAAAAUAGAAAUUUUAAACCGAACACGUGUAAUGGAAAUGAAUAUAGGAAAAUAAAUGUACAACGCGAUAAUGAUUCUGUAAAGUCAAGUAACUCUUUAAAUAAUUCUGGUUGUUAUAAAGAUCAUCGAAAAGAGGGACAGAUCUCGGGUUCUAAACGGUCUAAUUGUAUCGAAGAUAGUUUGAUUUUGAAUGGUGCUGAUUUGAGGAUAACUGAAAGGCCUCCUCUUACCCCGGAACCUAGUAUUCACGUCGAAAUGAACGAAUAUUCUAGUGACGAAGAUAGCGAGAAGGUAAAACGUAGCUCGAAAGUCGGCUGGACGUUCUACAAUAACGUUCUUGGACAAGUGAAUCAGCUAUUACAAAACUCGACCGUUGCGGAGGACCAACAACAAAAUCCAAUGAAAGUAAAUCAUAAUGAACGAAACGAGACUGAAAAUAAAGCAGCGUUAGAUACUGUAAAAGUUGCUACAUUAGAACAACUUAAAAAGCUCGGAAUCAGUCUAAGUGAGAAUCCAGAAACAAAUGAAUUAAAUAGCAGUAAUAAGAUGGCAUUCGACUUAUCAUUCUACCCGCGUUUGGAUUAUCAAACAAACAUGACACAAGCCACGAGUGCUGUAAACGAAACAAACACGAGUAUGCAUAUGAAAGCAUUAGCUUUGAAGUAUUUAACUGAUGAGCAGCUUGCUGAAUUAGCAAUACAAAGGCAAGGAUCCGCGUCAGUAAAACAUGUCAUGGUCAGCAAUAUGCAGGGUACAAAUAUGUCAUUAGCGACGAUGCGUUACUUAGAGAGAUAUCAACUGCUCCCAGGGAAGAACAAUGCUCAUAUGGAAGAUGUUAGCAAGGUACAAAACGAAGUGCCUCCAAGGGUCGACUUGAAACCUGCUAAUUCAAGAAACAGCCCGAGAACACUACGCUUUCCGUUUAAUCAAACGCCUAGGACGACCUGUCCAAGUAAGAUCUUAGACAUUUCAACUUUAAAGCAACAGCCUAAGCUUUUAUAAAUGACACCAAUAUAAAAUUCCGAUUUCCGAUAAAAGAUUACGAUUCUAAUGUCUCUUAAACAUUUUAUUUUUUUGAUUACUAUUAAAAAUUUCUCGUUCAACUUGACUGAUUGUAAAUAUUCUAGGCAAACUUAGGAACUUAAUUAUAAG